CUGGGCCACGGUGACCAUCAGAGAGGGAAGGGAGCUGUGGCCCACAGUGGUGACUAGCGUGUGGGACUCGCGCCCUGAGAGGGAGUGAGAGUGACAUGGGCCGAGGGGCAGCGGGCCCAGUCGGGAAUGCAGAGGGACGGGCCGAGCCGCUGACGGGCCUGCGAGCCCAGGCGCAGCCGCAGGACCUGCAGCCUGCCCGGGGAGCCGCAGGCUUGGUCUGCACGUCCGAGCGUGAGCACUCAGCCCAUCUGCCCCACAGCUUGGGCUCCACCUGCCCUCGUGUCUGCUCCUCACACCCCAGCCUCUGCCCGCUCUGGUCGCCCUGGGCCUGCAGCCCGAGUGCGGGCGUCGGCGACCCCCGCUGCCGUGACUGCCGUACUCCCAGCGCUGCCCUCGCUUAGUGCCGACCGUGCCGGAGCCCUGGAAGGACCUGCGGGCGUCCUGGUCACUGCGCUUACUGCACGAGGCUCUUUCCUCUUAGGAGAGCGUCGCGCAGUGUGAGCUCCAGCUAUUCCUCCGAGGCUCUGGACUUUGAGACUGAGCACGGAUUGGAUCCCGUGUUCGAUUCUCCCAGGAUGUCCCGCCGCAGCCUGCGCUUGGUCACGGCGGCCUACUCCACAGGGGACAGCCAGGCUGUGGAGACCCACACCUGUGCCAGCGGCACAGCCUCCCAGGACAGAGGCGCCAGAACACUAAAACAGCGCAGAAGUGUGAGCAAAGCAGCGUUUAGCAUGAACCACACAUCACGGAGGACCGCGGUCUCGGGCGCCGACCAGAGUGGCUCCCGCAGUCUGCACGGUGCUGCAGCUCUGCGGCCGCACGUGCUGGACGAGUCCCUGAUCCGCGAGCAGACGGAAGUGAACCACUUCUGGGGGCUUGACGACGACGGCGAUGUUAAAGGUGGAGGUAAAGCCACCAUUCAGGGAAAUGGAGACUUGGCAGCGAGGGCUGCCGAAGCCACCGGGCACAACGGGUACACCUGCAGUGACUGCAGCCUGCUCUCUGAGCGCAGGGACGCCCUCACCGCACACCCCACCUCCCGCGUCUAUUCUAGGGACAGGACUCAGAAACCUCAUGCCAGUUGCUAUGGGAGCCUGAAUGUGACAGAGUUUCUCGGCGAGGACGGCCACCUUGGUGGGCGCGGGGCGUCGCUGUGCAAGGACGGUGAGGGGACGCGGCGCCUUGAGACACACGCGGCCACCCAUUCGCAGUCGUCCGGGCCACGCCGCGUGGCAGGGACCGUGGGGCGCCUCUGUGCCUGUGCAGGUCCCCUCCUGGUGCAGACGCUGCAGAGGGUCGGAGCUGCAGGUUGCCGCGUGUCCAGGACGCUGUGGUCCGUUCUGUGGCUGGCCCUCGCGACUCCAGGGAAGGCAGCCUCUGGCGUGUUCUGGUGGCUGGGGAUCGGAUGGUACCAGUUUGUUACUUUGGUUUCCUGGCUGAAUGUGUUUCUUCUGACAAGGUGCCUUCGAAAUAUUUGCAAGUUUUUCCUGUUGCUCAUCCCACUGUUGCUUUUCCUUGGUGCCGGCCUCUCCCUGUGGGGCCAGGGCGGCUUCCUCGCCUCCUUGCCUGUGUUCAGCUGGCCAGACCUGCAGAGGACACAGAAGGCCGAUGACCCCAGCAACGUGUUCGGACCUGAAACCUCCCGCCUGGACCCGCCUCCGGGGGGCGAUGACAGGGCGUCCCAGUGGCACUGGAUGAGUGGCGUGGAUCAGCAGAUGGCUUCUCUGGCUGGCUGGUGCCACACACAUGACGAGCAGCUCCGGGGGCUGACACUGACCCUCCAGAAGCUGCAGGCGCGGGUGGACCGGCUGGACGAGGGCCGGACAGGGCUGUCCUCGUGGGUGAAGGACGUGGUCGGGCAGCAGCUGCAGGAGGCGGAGGCUGCCAGGCUGCCGGGCACUCAGGCUGACUUCACGGCUUUGCAUCGAGAACACGAGGUGCGCAUCUCUGCCUUGGAAGGGCUCCUCGGAAAACUGGCAGGAGAAUCCGAGGCCAUCCAGAGGGAUCUCGAACAGGCGGAGCUCAGGACAGCAAGCGGCAGUGAGGAGCAGCAGCGCCUGCUGGCCAGCGUGAAGCACCUGGAGCUGGAGCUGAGCCGCCUGCGGGCGCAGGUGUCCGAGUGGCAGCGCCUGCAGAGCAGCUGUGCGAGGGCGGACGCGGGCCAGGGCCAGGUGGAGGCGCAGGUCAGAGCGGCGGUGAGACUGCUGCUCUCCGAGGGCCAGCAGGACGAGGCCCUGGAGCAGCUGCUGCGCCGGCUCUCCGCGCGCUUCGUGAGCAAGGAGGACCUGCAGCUGGCCCUAAGCGCGCUGGAGCGGCAGGUGCUGGGCAACAUCUCGCACCACGUCGCCGGCAGCGGGCAGGGGCCCACGCCCGAGGCCGUCCUGGCCGCCGUCAGCGAGGCAGGCAUCUCUGGCAUCACCGAGGCGCAAGCUCAGGUCAUCGUGAACAACGCCUUGAAGCUGUACUCCCAGGACAAGACCGGGAUGGUGGACUUCGCACUGGAGUCUGGAGGCGGCAGCAUCCUGAGCACGCGCUGCUCCGAGACCUACGAGACCAAGACCGCGCUCAUCAGUCUGUUCGGGAUCCCUCUCUGGUACUUCUCACAGUCGCCCCGUGUCGUCAUCCAGCCCGACAUCUACCCGGGGAACUGCUGGGCGUUCAGGGGCUCCCAGGGCUACCUGGUGGUGCGGCUGUCCAUGGCCAUCUGGCCAGCCACGUUCACACUCGAGCACAUCCCAAAGACGCUGGCGCCCACCGGCAGCAUCGCCAGCGCCCCCAAGGACUUCGCCGUCUACGGCUUGGAGAACGAGUACCAGGAAGAGGGGCAGCUCCUGGGACAGUUCAUGUACGACCAGGAGGGCGACUCGCUGCAGAUGUUCCCCGUGCCGGAGCGGCCGGACAGAACGUUCCAGAUCGUGGAGCUGCGGAUUCUCUCCAACUGGGGCCACCCCGAGUACACGUGUCUCUACCGGUUCCGAGUCCACGGGGAGCCGGCCGCGUGAGCCGCGGCGCCCCGGCCGUGCGCAUUUCUGUAUAUAGGGAGGUGGCCGCCCACGCGGGACCCCUCGGGGAUGGCGGCGGAGAUGAAGGCGCAGUCCUGUGCUUCAUUAAACGUGCGACUGCGAGCGCGUGCGUGUGCGUGUGUGUGCGCGCGUGCGGGAGCCCCGCCCCGCGUCCCGGGGCGCCCCGCCUGGCUGCCGCUGUCCUGGUGGGCGCCGACUCCAGGCGCGGCGGCCCGUUUGGUCCUAACUACCAUUUGAUACACAGACUGUACUACCGUGCAGGCUUUGUACAGGUGUCUGCAGGGCGCUUAGGGUUCGGCCGUCGCGUUGAGAGUUCUCUAAGUUCCACUGGUUGAGUUUGAUGUUUUCAGAAAAGGCCGUGACGGCGCUGCCGGUUCUGCACGCGCAGACCGGAGCGCGUUCAGGGCUGGCGCUGCGCGGCGACACAGCUCACACGUGCACCAGGAUCUCCUACGUGAGACUCGGUCCGGAGCGGGUGGACAUAUUUUGCAUAUUUAUUUUUGAAGAUAGGACUUUGUGCAAUGUAUUUUUGUAAAUGCUUUUCAGAAUACGUCUUUGGUAAUGCUUCUUACGCGGACACCAGUUGAUAAGAUGCUACUGAAAUGUUUAAAUAAAUAAAGAGUUUUAAUUUUUA